CAUGGUGAGGUCAUUCUUCCUGCCGAGCGAAGGGGUGUUCUAAUGGGCGUGGAUUCGCCUGCAACUCCAGUGAAAUUUGGGGAGGUGGUGAAAGUUACAAAAGAACUUCAAGGCUGGAAUGGAAAAGAAAGGACUAAGGACACUGCAGACGUGCAUUGCAACAGUGUAACCCAAGUGUUAUGAGGAAUUCAGGGCGAUACAGGAGACUUGGGCAAGACAAGUGAUCUGGCUGUAUAUAUUUGAAGGAAACUGGAAGCCAUCCCCACAGUGCACUGCAGGAGGCCCCACUAGAGAAAUUAUCAAAUCUGAAGAAUGCGCGCCUUUGCUCUCUGUCAUGCAGCGGCUCUGCUCUUGCUCUGCGGAGAGUUGGGCUUUCCGUGUCUCGCUCAGUAUGAGAACUGGCCGUACCCUGAGGGCUACCAGGAGCCGGAACAGGAGCAGUACCAGGCUCCUCAGCUAGCUUCCGACACGCCCAAAAUCCAGCUCAGGCUGGCGGGCGAGAAACGCAAGCACAACGAAGGCCGCGUGGAGGUGUAUUACAGCGGGGAGUGGGGCACGGUCUGUGACGAUGACUUCUCAAUCCACGCUGCCAAGGUGGUGUGCAGGGAGCUGGGCUACAUGGAAGCCAUAUCCUGGGCACCUUCGUCAAAGUAUGGGAGAGGAGAUGGUCGUAUCUGGCUAGAUAAUGUCCACUGUACCGGUAAGGAGCAGACACUGGCCCAGUGCUCCUCCAAUGGGUUCGGGGUGUCGGAUUGCAAGCAUACUGAGGACGUGGGCGUGGUCUGCAGUGACAAAAGGAUCCCAGGCUUCAAAUUCAUCAACUCUGUGGCCAACAACAUUGAGAGUCUGAAUAUCCAGGUGGAGGGUGUCAGGAUCCGGGCGAUACUGGCCAGCUAUCGCAAGCGGGUCCCAGUGACGGAGGGCUAUGUGGAGGUGAAGGACGGGGGCAGAUGGAGGCAGAUCUGCGAUGAGAACUGGAGCCAGCUGAGCAGCCGGGUCAUCUGCGGGAUGUUUGGGUUUCCUGGGGAGAGGAAGUUCAACACUAGAGUCUACAAGAUGUUUGCGAUGAGGAGGAAGCACAGUUACUGGGAUUACUCUGUGAACUGCACUGGGAACGAAGCCCACCUCUCGAACUGCAAGAUGGGCCAGUCGGUGGUGCAGAAGAACAGCAGCUGUGUUGGGGGCAUGCCCGUGGUGGUGAGCUGUAUACCGGGCAGAGCCUUUGCACCCAGCUCCAUGACCGGCUUCAAAAAGGCCUUCCGCCAGGAGCAACCCCUGGUGAGGCUGAAGGGAGGAGCCAACAUCGGCGAAGGGCGGGUGGAGGUGCUGAAGAAAGGAGAGUGGGGCACCAUCUGUGACGACAACUGGAAUCUCCUCACUGCCAGCGUGGUGUGCAGAGAGCUGGGUUUUGGGAGUGCCAAAGAGUACCUGACAGGAGGCGUGCUCGGACAAGGAAUGGGCCCGGUCCACAUGAAUGAGGUGGAGUGCUCCGGCUUCGAGAAGUCCAUCACGCAGUGUUUCUUCAACAAGGACUCUCUGGGGUGCAGCCAUGAGGAGGAUGCUGGAGUGAGGUGCAAUGUGCCGGCCAUGGGCUUCCAGGAGAGGGUGCGUCUGAAUGGCGGGCGCUCCCCCUUCGAGGGCCGCGUGGAGGUGCUGGCGGAGCGCAACGGCACUCUGAAGUGGGGCACUGUGUGUAGCGAGGGCUGGGGCACCGUGGAGGCCAUGGUAGUGUGUCGCCAGCUGGGCAUGGGAUUCGCCAACCACGCCUUCCAGGAGACAUGGUACUGGCCCGGGGAGGUAACGGCAGAUGACGUGGUGAUGAGCGGGGUGAAGUGUUCAGGGACGGAGAUGUCACUGUCUCACUGCCAACACCACGGCACCAGCCUCAACUGUCCGAAAGGAGGGGGGCGCUUCGCUGCCGGGGUCUCCUGUUCUGAAACCGCCCCAGACCUGGUGCUGAACUCUCAUGUAGUGGAGGCUACCACCUACAUAGAGGACCGGCCCAUGUUCAUGCUGCAGUGUGCCCACGAGGAGAACUGUCUAUCCAGCACUGCCGCCAGCACGCCCGCAAACUCCUACCGACGCCUCCUGCGCUUCUCCUCCCAGAUCCACAACACCGGCCUGUCCGACUUCCGACCCAAGGCUGGGCGCCACUCCUGGGUCUGGCACGACUGCCACAGACACUACCACAGCAUGGAAGUUUUCACACACUACGACCUCCUGAGCCUCAAUGGAUCCAAGGUGGCCGAGGGACACAAAGCCAGUUUUUGUCUGGAGGACACGGAAUGCGAUGAAGGUAUCUCUAAAAGGUAUGAAUGCGCCAAUUUUGGCGAACAGGGAAUCACAGUGGGCUGCUGGGAUGUGUACCGUCACGAUAUUGACUGCCAGUGGAUUGACAUCACGGAUCUCAAACCAGGGGAUUACAUCUUCCAGACCGUUAUAAACCCAAACUAUGAAGUAGCAGAGUCUGAUUACUCGAACAACGUAAUGAAAUGCCGGUGUCGAUAUGACGGGCACAGAGUCUGGAUGUACAACUGUCAUACAGGGGGCUCCUUUAGCGCUGAACAAGAAAGUAUGUUUCCCGGACUCGAAACCAACCAGCUUUCACACAGGUAAAUAAAGAGGGACCAGGAUGCUGCCUGAACACGACGCACACAGGAGGCUCAAGCAAAUCAACCCAACCACUAAAGAAAAACAAAGCCCUUUUAUUUUUAAAUCCCUUUUUAAAAAAAAAAUGUCUUAAUGUAUUAUUAGUUUUAUAAAAUCAGUGCUGGACGGUUUCUUUGGCUAGUCCAAGGUGCUCAUUUCAUCUACUCUGUACCAUACAGUAUUACAUUAGCAGGGCUUGCAUUGCCAGGUUAGGUGUCUGGAUGAACGGAAUGACCUAGAAGUACAGGAGAAUUUGCCUGAGGGUAGUGUCCCGCACAGACUGCCUGAAUAAGGCGUGAAACAAUAACGAGAAAACAGGCAACAGGGGAUCCCACAUAAAGUAUUUCACAUAACGUGUGACAUUAUCCUUUACAUUGUAAUUCAGUUUUUCACUCCUGUUCACAUAGAAGUUGAAAGCUUUCCAGCAGGUUGUUUCUGAAUUUAAUGGAAAGCAAUGGGGAUUGACAAGCACUUUUGAAUGCAAGCCCUGGUUUUGUUUGUGAAAUCUGGAUGAUGUUUUAUUUAUUUUUUUUUUUAAAACCACUGGGGUUUUUUCUUUCGAUUAGCACCUUGAUAAGUCAUGUCAUGCAGAACCAACAGGUAGAUGGCGCUAUACUGUAUUCAAUGGUCCUAUCCAAUGUAAAAUAGCACUCCAAUAAGAAGCUGUGUAUUGCACGACAAAAUUAACUAUUUCUUGCACUGGCAGUUAAACUAGUUGAAGUAAUUGGGGCUUAAAAGCAAUGGCUUCUUUUAAGUUUCACACUAGGGUUAUUAGCACAUGCCUACUUCUUCAUCUGUAUUUCUGAGCCGUGAUAUCAAGUCAGGUCUACAGUGUGCAAGGUAUGUGUUGUAUACACUGUGCCAACACAGCCAGACUGCCACAUGUAUAUCUCUAUGCAUAGAGAGGUAGUACAGCAUGUGAUAUACUGAGAGUGGCAAGUUUACUACCCAUUGAAAGGUCAACCACUGAUUUAUAUUUGAAUAUCACCAAUAGUGCCUCACAGAACCUGUAGUGUUAGCGCUGAAACAGUAGAUAAAAAGUCCCAUUGAUUAUGUCAAUAGAGGGCAAUAACGACCUUGUGCUACUAGAUGGCAGCACAGAUACCUGGCUACAACCCUGCCUCGAUCCAGCUGAAAUAGCAGUCCCCAAAACUAUUCUCUACUGUGCCUUUCCUCCUGGUGUCUCUCUUCUGGCCGUCAAUAUUACACUGAAGGUCAAACGUCACUUAAGUCUUACCCAGACCUCUCCCUUUUUUCAAUUUAUAUAUAUAUAUAUUUUUUUUUUUAAAUAAUCUUUCUUGUAUAUCUGUUCUUUUUUUUUUUCCUAGUCUUGAUUUAAAUAUCUAAUCUGUUAUUAUAACAAGCAUUUAUAAGUAACUUAUUGUUGUAAAAGUCAGGGAUUUAUAGCUGUUUUGUUAUUGUAUUUGUUAGUUUUUUUGGUUACAUUUUUAAAAGCAGCAACUGGUACGUGUGUUGACAGAUCUCUCUCGUUUGCUUAUUUUGUAAAUGUUUAAAUGGUGCUCAAUGUGAUCCUCUGUUUUAUGAGGAGACACAGAUCUUGCCAGAGAAAUGGUUAUGUAUGCAUAUACUUGAAUGAAAUCAAUAUUGUCCCCCCCCCCCCAUAAUAUUAAAGGUAUGAUUAAUGAAGCAGUAUU